AUGGGGAACAAGAGCAGCCCUGAGCUCACACUCUCCCUCCUGCUCAUGGCCGCUCUCUACCUGGAGGCAUUCAUCUUGAGAAAGGCAGUGUACUGUCCACCUAAGAACAUGACUUGGCCAGAGGCGAGACUGUACUGCCAGGAGAACUACAUUGACAUGGAAAACAGUAACAACCUAGCCACCAUCACCCAAACCAACAGAGCUGAUUUAAACCAAACUGGCUGGAUUGGACUGUACCGAGAGGCUGGCGAGACCUGGAGUUGGAUCGGAAACUUGCCAUCCGAUUACAGAAACUGGGCACCGGGAGAGCCACUCAAUGCAGAUUGUGCCUCAUUUGACCCCGUCACCGAAGCGUACCACAGCAAGCCGUGCUCCAAAGAGCUUCCGUUUCUCUGCUACGAUGACAACCUGGUGGUGGUGAAAGAGAACAAGACAUGGGAGGAGGCCCUGAAGCACUGCCAGACCAUGGAGAAGCCGUGUUCUGAACCUCCGAUGCCCUGCUUGUACCAGUACAGCCUCCUGAGCCUGGAACACUUCUCCAACUACGACCACAUCAGAGACAGGAUUUACAAAGCCACGACCGAUGAGGUUUGGAUGGGCCUGCGCUUCCUGGGAGAGGAGUGGUGGUGGGUGAGUGGACACAUGCCAGAAGACCAGGGGAUGCUGCCAAAGUGUCCGUCCCACUGGAAACACUGCGGGACCGUGUCUAAACAUGACACACGCAACUGGAUCACCAGGGACUGCUCAGAGAGAAGAAACUUCAUCUGCCAAAGAAUUAAAUUCUUCGUAGUAGUAGUGAAUCGCACCGCCAAUACACAAAAUUAAUCAUCUGUUGAUUCAUUGUCUCUAUGAUAAGGCUUUUUAUUGUAUAUUAAUUUGUUUUG